UUACUGGAAUACUGAAACACAUAUUGGACGGUAUCAGGGUUCGUACACAUUUUUGCCAAUACAUUUCCAUGACUUUUGAGACAAUAUUCAUGACCUAAUGUUCCAUUAUUUUACAAUAAGAAUAAAAAUCUAUUCAGGCGUAUGUUAGCUUCCGUUAAACUAAACACGUCUUUUCGCAUAAGAGAUGGGACUAUAUAUAGCCCUUAUGUCUCUUUGAGAUCAGCUGUAGAGAGUCAGUAAAAGUUCAGCAGCUAAGUGAUCAUUUCUGGUGAGCUAUUAAGAGUCCAGUCUAGUGUAAAGCUUCAUCAGUCUGCAAUAAAUCUGUUCUAAAACACAAGUGCUCUCCUGAGAGACGCCGCUUCAGCGUGACGACGUGUGCAGUGGCUUCAGAGACUAACAUGUUCCAGCUCACUGGAAGAAGCUUUCAUCUAAAGAGUCUCUCGCUUACGGCACAUUUGACUUGCACUGGAAAACAUUUGAAGUCUUAGAAAUAUGAAGCAGAAAAACUGAAAUAGUAUUUUCUGGUAAAACUUUAUUUUAAAGACCAAUUAUUAACUACAAUAGUUGUUUAUUAGAAUGCAUAUUAGUACAUAUCAAGCAGAUAUUAAUGCUUUAUUCUGCAUGAUCAUAUUCUAGAUAGAUAUCUUAAUCCACCCCAUACCUAAACUUAACAACUACCUUACUAACUAUUAAUAAACAGCACAUUAGGAGUUUACUGAGGCAAAAGCCAUAGUUAUUAGCUAGUAGUGAGAACUGGUCCCCAGACUAAAGUGUGACCCUAUUUUCAUGUAAAACACUACAAUAAUCCCAAUUUACAACAGAAAUUAAUUUUCUACAGUGUGUAUAUGUGUUCUGUGGAGUCGAACCCAUGACCUUGUGUUGCUAGAAGCGGCGCCACCAGUUGAGCUGCAGCAUCCGCUUCAUUCAUGAUGUCCUGAAGAUGUCUAGAUGAAUGCUAGUAUAUGUUAGACCCCACUGUGUAGAUAACACUUGUUUUGUUUUGUUUCUGUUUUAUUUACAAAGCUUUAGUCAUUUUGUUGUGAUAAACAUCUUGCAAAUGAGGCCUUAAGAUAGAAACUUCAUCUGAUACACCUCAAAUGCACAUCAGCUCUUCAGUCUGUAAUCCGAUUAGUAGUCAUGGUGGUUAAUGGAAGUGUUGCGUAGAUUCGUCCCUGAUGACAUGAGCAGCACUUUAAUGGCAGAUCCCAGUGUGUGUGUGUGUGUGUGUGUCAGGCUUUAGUUAGCCAACACUGUAGCAACCUCAUCAUGAGGGCAAAAGGAUAUUUUUCUCCAGUGAUGACCAUUCAAGAGUUUCUGUCUAUUCUACCAUUGCUGUAAUCUCCUGCUGAUGAAUGGGAACGUUAACAGAUGCAUCUCCAGGACUUCAGUCACAUCAGAUAUCUUCUGAUUCUGACCAUGUCAUCAGAGUGUCAUUUUUCCUGACUGAUAUGAGGAAAGCAGGAGCUGGCCAGUGUAUUGGGAGUGUCUUUGCUGAGCUGUUAAUGAGAUUGAAUGAGCGUGUUGAUCUCCUGUGGGAUCCAUCAUACAGACCAUCACCAAUCCCAGCAUCACAGAUGGACCCUCAUCCGUCUCUGGGGUCAAAUGUGCUCUGUAUUUAAGGCCAGUCUCCAGUUCUGCUCCACACACACCACUAAACCAGUGCAGGUCCAGCGGCUGUAGCAGUACUGAAGUGAUGGAAGCGGGCGUGUGGUUCAUGCUGCUGGGUGUGCUGCUGGUCAUGACCGAUAUGGGCCAGUCCAUCCCCAAAGACGACGUGCUGGAGCAGAGCAAACUCCUGCUGGAGUCACGCGAGGACGCAGACAGCGACAACAUGCUGGAGAAUCAAGGGGCCACUGAAGAGCAGAUGGAUCAUCUUCUGGAGGAUCGUCUUCUGGUGGAAAUGUUGCGCUCUUUACUCCACGGCUCUCAGAGAUACGAACGCAACCCUUCAGUGCUGCACCAACCACAGCGGUUUGGUCGGGGGACUCGGAGCGGCUUGUCCACAGAGGAAAGGAUACAGUCUCGCGACUGGGAGACCGUUCCCGGACAGAUAUGGAGCAUGGCUGUGCCACAAAGAUUCGGCAAAAAAUAACACCACCCAGAGUGAAGUCUUUAGAGUUUUGUAAUUAGUAGAUCUGAAACAUCUAUAAGAAUCUCAUUCUCCCAAGCAAUCCAAGGCAAUCAGUCUCUCUUCUGUGCAUUUCAUCAAAUCUUGUGAUAGUAAUUAUAACACACCGAAACAAUAAUAUUUAAAUGUAGUAAAUAUAUUUCAUAAGUUGUGAAUGAGUGGAAGGAAAUAGUCAUGU